UACACACCAGCUGUCCACUUUGGACGGCUCUCACCAAACAAUUUCAAUAUCAGUCUCUUCUGUGUUGUUUGGGAACUCCCUUCGUCUCCCAAAAUUACAGACAACACAAAUGAACUCACUCUUUCGCUUCCUUCCUCCUACAAAAUUUGGUUUUUCAAUUUAAUUACUCGCUAUUUCUUUCAAUAAUUGCUGCGUUUCAAUGCCUGCUAAGUUCAUAGCCAAAUCGUGCCUGGAUAACCCUAGACACUUGCAAACAGCUCCUACCCGCCAGCCGUUUUGGCGUAUUUCUCAGUUUUUGUUUUCUUUACUAGCUCUGACUCGCUUGUAGUUAUAGAAUUCCAUCGUUUGAGCCUCCGAUGGCGCCCAGUCGGAGAAAAGGUGCUAGCAAAGCCGCCGCCGCCGCUCGCCGUCAAUGGAAGGUGGGCGAUCUUGUCCUCGCGAAAGUUAAAGGCUUCCCUGCUUGGCCUGCCACGGUAAGUGAGCCAGAGAAGUGGGGCUAUUCAGCUGAUUGGAAGAAUGUACUGGUGUACUUCUUUGGAACCCAACAAAUAUGGCUACUAAUGACCGCCAUGGGGAAAAUUCUCCUUACUUCGAUGGGUGGAAGGCAUUUGAAAGGAAUCCUUUUCACGUUACCCAGAGUCCUGAAGGAGUUAUCCAAAUGGGUCUUGCAGAGAAUCAGCUUUGCUUAGAUUUGAUCGAAGACUGGAUUCGCAAAAAUCCCUAUGCCUCCAUUUGUACUGCUGAAGGAGUUGAUGAGUUCAAGGAGAUUGCAAACUUUCAAUUGAAGAGACCAAUUACUUGAAGGCAACAGUUGAAUUUUGACAUCCUGCUAUGGAAGAAACCUGUAAACUAUUGUGGAAAAUCUAAGUUUAUGACUGUAGAAUUUUUCUAAGAUACCAGCUGUAUACUGUUUGAAUACUUGACAUUACGUACCCUCAGAGAAAAGUUCUAUACGUUUUAAUUGGGCUAGAGUUAUGUGUCAAUGGUAGCUUAUAGUCAAUCUAAUCAAAGUAUUUGUAAAGUUGACCUUAAUUUAUGGAAUCAAACCAAAGUUUUGAUUUA